UCUGAACCUCCGACUACCCGCGGGCUGUCCAGUCCUCCGCUCCGCCUGACAUCCGCUAUGCCUCCACAUGCCCCGGCCAGAGCCAGGUAGAGCCGGCGACGCCGGGCCUCGCGCGUCAUUCUAUUCGUUGACAUCAUCGAUGGGAACCCGCACGGGACCGUCACUCAACGCCGCGCAGAAUACAAAUAGCCCGCCCUUUGACCGGCGCCAACCAUCCCUCUCCUGACAACCAUCUCCUCUACCACUUUGACAUGUCUAAACAACCCUACGCUCUCCACUUCGGCGCCGGGAACAUCGGCCGCGGGUUCGUGGGCGCGGUGCUCGCGCACGCGGGCGCGCGCGUCGUGUUCGCGGACGUGAACAAGCAGGUCGUGGACCUGAUCAACAAGCUCGGAAGGUACACGGUGCACAUCCUCGACGGGAAGGAGAACGAGGAUAGCUCGGCGACGGUGCCCAUCGAGAAUGUGGCGGCCGUGCUGUCGAACGACGACGAGGCGCUCACGGAGGUCGCCACGAAGCGCAAUUUGGUGCUUAUCACUACGGCGGUCGGCCCAGCUAUUCUGCCCAAGAUCGCUCCCUCUGUCAUUACCGUCCUCCGCGCGCGGGCUACGACGGGCAAGGGCCCGAUCAAUGUUGUGGCUUGCGAGAACGUCGAGGGCGCGACAGUCAUGCUGCGUGAUGCGGUCAUGAAGCAGCUGCGGGAACAGAAGGCGGAUGCGGAGGUCAUCGACUACGCCGAGAACCAAGUUGGCUGGGCCAACAGCGCCGUCGAUCGCAUAGUUCCCCCAUACGAGCCUGAUCACGAUCGCGAAGAAGCUGCGCUCGACGUUGGCGUCGAGGCGUUCUACGAGUGGGACGUCGAUCGGAAGGCGCUCAAGAAGACUGAGCCCGACUUGCACAUCGAGGCCAUUCGCCCCACGAAGCACCUCGAAAAGUACAUCAAGCGCAAGCUGUACACGCUCAAUUGCGGCCAUGCCGUUACUGCGUACCUUGGCUACCUCAAGGGCCACGACACCAUCGCUGCCGCCAUCUCCGAUCCCGAUAUCGAGCCCGUCGUCGUCGGUGCGCUCAACGAGGGCGGCCUCGCUCUCCGCAAGAAGUACGGCUUUACGGAAGAGGAGCACGCGCGCUACAUCGACACCACCAUUACCCGGUUUAAGAACCCAAACGUCCCGGACAACCCUCAUCGCGUCGGCCGCCAGCCCCUCCGCAAGCUGCAGCAGCAAGAUCGUUUGCUCGGCCCCAUGACGAUGUGCAGGGACUUUGGCUUCAGCCGGAAGAACCUGAUCAAGGGUGUCGCUGCGGCGUUGGCCUUCCGGGAUGAUGACGAUGAGCAGGCGAAGGAGUUGAAGGAGCGCAUCGACCGUGAAGGUGUCCAGAAGGUCGUCGUGGACCUCCUCGGGCUCGAGCCGGACCACGAGGACGUGAAGGCGGUCUUGGAAGCGUACGAGCAGAUCCAGAAGAAGUAAUCCAGUCAUGACACCGAUACCUACAUACCUUUGUGUUACCCCAUAGUCAUGUGUAUCAUACUGUACAGUUUACUAUUGCUGGAGUGCAUUGGAAAUGCACAUAGAGUAUCUGCAUAUCUACAUAGAGCACAUCCUUACGCCAUCUGAAAACAACGGUUACGACUUUUGCUACC